AGAGGUGGUGCUGGUGAAGGAGGAGGGUCUGGGGAACCCUGAGGGGACCAUGGUCAUGGAGGACAACCAGACUACACCUCCUCCUGAACCCACAGAGGAACCAUCUGAGCAGCACAGGACUACACACAGUCUCACUGAGUCAGUAGACAUGGAGGAUGGGAAGCCUGAUCUGUUGCUGGUCAAAGAGGAGACGAUAGAAGACGGUCCAGAGAGCAUUGAUUUGAUGAGUGGACUAAAGAUGGGGGAGCAAGGUGGUUGGCUGGAAGAUAACAGAGGAGACUGGGAAGCCAUCUUGGAUUCCCAGACCAGGACGGGUGCAGCCAAGGGCCCGGGGGACAACAUCACUGAGCAGGCCAGGACGAGAGGUGACAUAAUGGAGUCUGCAGUCCAUGAAGACCUGCUGAUAUCCGGUGUUGCUGGCGGGAGAGACUGGACCUCUGAAGCUGCCUGUCACAAAUCCUGGUCCCGGAUCAGGACCCUGGAUCAGGAGCCGUCACUCGUCCUUACCGAGUCAGAACCAGGACCCAACCAUGGGGGACAGAGACUUCACCACAACCACUACAUAGAACACAACCAGUGGACAGGUGGACUGAACAACCUCAGUCCUGGUGGUCAUCAGAUAAACAGAGGCUCCAGUCAGGGAUCCAGUCUGCAGCCCAGACCCUUCUCUUCACAGUCUCAGUGCAGGGAUGGAGCAGGGCCUGGGGCUGGUAGAGAUAGACCCUCCUGUUCCUAUGAUACAAACAACACAGUAUCCAUGAUGAACAGAGCAGGUCACCCUGGGCUUCAGCCUUCACAGAGAGUGGUGGGAGACCCCCCUGGUGGGAGUCUAACAGGAAGUCUGUCUUCUCCUUCAGGGUCUCGUCUAAUGCCUGGUGAUUGGGUUCAUAGAAAGCCUGGACCUGGGUCUAGCCUUCCUCAGCUACCUCAUGGUUACCCCACGAAUAUAGACAGGGUCAGGAUGGGCGUUCACCACGAGCGAUACCUAGCCUGUAGCACAGCACACAAUCCCAACAACACCCAAACAAUGGCUAGAGGUCAAGGAGGGAGCUCAAAGACUAACCACCUGAUGGUGGUGUCUCCUGCUUCUACCUCUGGUGUCAUUGGGUCACAACGUGUGAGGCCGAGCGUUAGGACGGAAGCCAGCAAGACGUACGCCUGCCCCACCUGUCAGAAGCGCUUCGCUCAUGCGAACUAUGUGAAGAGGCACCAGGCCGUUCACACCAAGGACAAGCCCUUCAAGUGCAAACUAUGUUACAAGAGCUUCUCCUUCCUGACUAGCCUUAUCAGACAUAGGAGUGUCCACAAUGGGGAAAAAUCGUAGCAGUGUGCCUUGAGAUGUACACAGGGGAUGUCUGGGAACUAUUCUUUAGUUGAAUUAUUAUAGUUAUCAUGUCUAGUGUCUUGGGGUAAGAGGGUAAUUAAACCACAUACCCCUCAUUAACCCUUUGUUAACUUGCUAUUUGAAAUUGGAUUGUAAAAUACUUAUUUUUAUGAGAGUUGCUAACACACUGUUCUUUCUAAGCAAGUCUUCUCUCAGCUGUAAAGACCGUGAUCAUAGGAGAUUUGAAGUGUAUUAUAAUAAGCAGUAUCUUAUUUCCAAGAACAGCGCGAGUACCUUUUUCAUUGAACCACACCCAUUGUGUAAAUGGGAGUGAACAAUGACCAAUAACUAUUUCCACGUCAGCGUUUUUAUUGUUAUUUAGACUUUUAUAAACACCCUGGAACUCAAAAUAUGACUCAUUUAACUGCACAGCAUCACAUACUUUCCCCAGUUAGUGUUUAAUGCGUUCCGGUAACUCAGAGCUCCCCAGGUCACCCGCCUCUCGUGCAUAUUUUUUGUUCCGGCACCUCCCGAUUUACAAAUUAAGCACUGAUUACAUGAUUAAACAACCAAAGUUAUUCUACAACAUUCCCA